GCCUUUCCCAGAAUGCAGCGCGCAUCUGUCAUGGCUGCUUACUGACUCUUCUUUCGGCACAUGGGUAGCGUCAGAUCCCGGCGUUGUGGCUUGCCUCCGUCAUCAGGGUGUCCUGAGCGUGGUCUGAUCUGCAGGCAGGAGAUCCAGCCGCUGCUCGGCUCAAACAAACAUGUGGCUGAGCGUAGAAAGCGCCUUACUCAGAGGCUUUGUGACAGCCAGCGAGGCUACGCAAUGGAAACAGAACAUCGGUACUGAUGCAGAAACAGGGUCUCUGCUACAGUCCCUGUUGGAAGGGGAUUUUGAGGCAGUUCUGCUGAGCCCUCAGGUGAAAGAUGUACUUACUGGAGAUGACAGCUGCCUAGAAGAGAAGGACAUUGAGGCCUACCUAGAGAGAAGACUGCUGCAGUAUCUGACUGGUGACAAUGAUGAUCAGCAACCUAACCGGGAGCUCACAGUAAUGGCCAUCGCUGUCUCAUGCCUGCAUCUGUUUGCCCAGAGUAACUGGACUGGCCCUCCGGUCUCCUUCAACAUGUGUGACUUGCUGCGUUCGGCUCUGCUGUCCUCUCAGAAUUCCCAGUUGUUGAUGGAUGCUAUCCACUCUAGCUUGCUCCUCGAUGGCGAGUCGGUGUACAGCCUGGUAGUCAACCCCUUCCUCCUUCUACUAGCCAGGGUCAUUCUCACUAAGUGCUCUGCCAAAAUGGAAAGCCUUCAGCUCCUGCCCUGGUGGAUCCUACGCUACGUCAAUCUGCACCAGCAAAUAUUGGAGGCUCGGUCUCCGGAGCUCCUCAGCUUGGCCCAGUGCAGCAUGGACAAAGUGGUUAAAUGCCAGUCAGUGUUGUCCAGCCAGAGGAGCCUGGCUAUCCAGUUCCACCUGGAGUGUGCCUACAUUAGCCUGACCUACUAUGAGUACCAGGGAGCCAAAGAGCACAUUAACAGGGCCAAGGAGCUUUCUGGGCUCCACAUCAACAUGACAGGUGCUCUCGGGAAACGGACCCGCUACCAGGAAAAGUUUUUGGCUCAACUUAUCCUUGAGGUGAAAAGACAGGAGAAUGAGGCUGAUGAGGGGGUUGGUGAGACCAGUCCCACUCCUACACCAAAGGCCAGUCUACCCAAAGAUUAUGAUCUGGACGAUGACACGGUGUUGGAUAAGAUCAGUUUAGCUGAACCAGAUCAGUACCAGCUGCCUGACCUUAGUGCCGAAGAGCAGGCCCUUAUCCUGGGCAUCUGCACGGACUUUCAGAAGAACAAUCCUGUGCACAAACUUACAGAAGAAGAACUGCUGGCCUUCACUUCUUGUAUUCUGUCUCAGCCGAAGUUCUGGUCUGUGGAGGUCACAGCACUUUGCUUCAGGACCAAACUGGAAAAGGGAAAAUCUCGGUGUGUUGAGAGAGCCAUGAUGCAAACCCAGGCGAUAGUCGAUCAUUUUGAAGACAAGAGCUGUCCUGUGAGUGAGCGCCUGAAAGUCUUCUACUGCUGCCAAGUACCACCCAAAUGGGCUGUCCAGAAACUUCUGGCCAGCCUGCUCAUAGACCUGGGCUGCAUCAGUUCAGCUCUGCUCAUUUAUGAAAAGCUGGAGCUCUGGGAGGAUGCAGUUAUCUGUUACGAGAAGCUUGGCCAGCAUGGAAAGGCUGAGGAGAUUGUGCGCAGAGAGCUGGAGAAGAAGCAGACCCCGAGCCUGUACUGUUUAUUGGGAGACAUCCUGAAUGACCAUCAGUACUAUGACCAGGCGUGGGAGCUGUCGGGCCGAAGAAGUGCCAGAGCUAUGCGCUCCAAAGCUCUGCUGCACCUCCGAAGCAAGGAGUUCCAGCAGUGUGUGCAUUGCUUUGAGCAGUCGCUAAAAAUCAACUCCAUGCAGCUUGGUGUGUGGUUUUCCCUUGGAUGUGCCUACUUCGCUCUGGAAGGCUAUGAGGGAGCUGCUCGAGCUUUCCAGAGGUGUGUGGGACUCGAGCCGGAUAAUGCAGAAGCUUGGAACAACCUUUCUACAGCUUACAUUCGCCUCCAGAUGAAAACCAAAGCCUUUCGAACCCUGCAGGAGGCCCUGAAGUGUAACUACGAACACUGGCAGAUCUGGGAGAACUUCCUUGUUGUCAGCACUGACAUCGGCGAUUUUGCUGAAGCCAUCAAGGCAUACAACCGUCUCAUGGAUCUGAGGGAGAACUUCAAAGAUGUUCAGAUUUUACAGAUCCUGGUCAGGGCAGUUGUUGAGAAUCUGACCGACAGCCAGGGGGCGCAGGCAGGAUCAUUGAUGCCCAAACUGAAGGAGCUUCUUGGCCGUGUCAGUGCACGCCACAGCAGCGACGCUGAAAUAUGGUGGCAAUAUGCCCUGCUGUACGGGGGAGGUCGCAGCUCAAACCCAGAUGACAAUGAGAAGGCACUGCAGUUCCUGUCCAAAGCUCAUCGCUGUGAGAUUCAUGCAAGCAGCUGGGAGAAGGACCCUGCUCUUUUCAAGGAGGUGAUCAGAAGAGCCAUCAACAUGGGAGAGG